GAAACAAGAGAAGGCAGGGCUUGUUUCCAGGAAGUGUGUGGCGUGACUACGGCCCUCACAUUGUCGCUAACUCAACUUUUGCUUUGUCAUUCGCACAGCUAACAUUUUAUUAAACCUUUUCUUAUUCUACAAACAUGGGUGACGAUGAAGAAAAGUAUGACGGGAUGUUGCUUGUUAUGGCGCAACAACACGAAGGAGGCGUACAAGAGUUAGUAAACACAUUUUUUAGCUUCCUCCGCCGCAAAACUGAUUUCUUCACUGGUGGCGACACAGGUGCUGCAGAGAAGUUAGUGAAGGAUGCUUUUGCCCACCACAGUAACCUGGCACUGAAAGACCGUAAAGAAAAGCAGAUGAAACAGGAGAAGCAAAAGAAAGAGAAAGCCGAAAGAGCUGCCAAGCUAGCAGAGGAAGAGAAGAAAAAGAAAAAUGAUGAUGGUCCCAGAAUUCAGGAACUGACCGAUGAAGAAGCAGAGAAACUUCAGUCCGAGCUUGACAAGAAAAAGAAAGAAGAGGAGAAAAAAGAGAACAAAACAACAAAUGUAGAAAAGUCAUCUGACACAACAGAAAAAGAGAAGGGGUCUGACUCAGAAGGAGAGGAAGAUGAGAAGGACAAAGAUAAACUGAAGCCUAACACAGGAAACGGAGCUGAUCUGCCCAACUACAAGUGGACACAGACCCUGUCUGAAGUUGAUCUGGCAGUGCCUUUUGAUGUGAAGUUCCGCAUUAAGGGGAGAGAUGUGGUAGUGGACAUCCAGCGACGCUCCAUCAAGGUCGGCCUGAAAGGACACCCUGCUGUUAUUGAAGGCCAGCUCUACAACGAGGUGAAGGUAGAGGAAAGCUCCUGGCUCAUCGACGAUGGCAAGGUGGUCACAGUGCACCUGGAGAAGAUUAAUAAAAUGGAGUGGUGGAGCAAGAUCGUUACCACAGAUCCAGAAAUCAACACCAAGAAAAUCUGUCCAGAGAACUCAAAGCUGUCAGAUCUGGACGGAGAGACGCGUGGUAUGGUAGAGAAGAUGAUGUAUGACCAAAGGCAGAAAUCGAUGGGUCUGCCUACAUCUGAAGAGCAGAAGAAACAAGACAUUCUUAAAAAGUUCAUGGCUCAGCACCCAGAGAUGGAUUUCUCUAAAGCCAAGUUCAGCUGAGACUUGCUGCUGUCAGCCUCACCUGUAGAAUCCACAGUAUGAUUCAUGUGAAUCAUAUCAGAGCCAACGUCAGGCACCAUUCAACCUCCCCUUCAUGUGUUCUCUUCAUACUGGACAUGGUUUUAGUUCAUUAACAUGUCUUAACAUGUGUUUUUUUUUCCUAUGAGAACAGGUUUGAUGACUGUAAUGUCCACAUCCUCCCUUUGCAUGUCGUCCAAAUAUUUAAAGAUGUGUCUGCAUUUUUUAAUAAAUGAAUUUAAAAUCAAA